AUGAUGAACGGAAUGGAAAAGCCGGAUUAUGACGAGGACAGGUUUGGUCCUAAGGAGGGAAGUUUGGUCAGCGCUUUCGAUGCAUUCCCCAAAUCGAAGCCGCAAUACAUCCAGCGAACAUCGGGAGGUGGAAAAUGGACAGUCGCCGUGUCCAUCAUCUCAAUUGUCCUCAUCUGGGGCGAACUCGGUCGCUGGUGGCGCGGCGCAGAGUCUCACAACUUCGAAGUCGAGGCUGGUGUUUCGCGAGAGCUUCAGAUCAACAUGGACAUCGUGGUGAAGAUGAACUGCGACGAUAUCCAUGUCAAUGUCCAGGAUGCGUCUGGCGAUCAUAUCCUAGCUGCUAAGCGUCUCAAAGCCGACAGGACCCUCUGGAGCCAAUGGGUCGACAACAAGGGCAUGCACAAGCUCGGGCGGGAUAGUCAGGGCCGCGUCAACACUGGCUCUGGAUACAAUGAGUUGGGAUACGAGGAUGAGGGUUUCGGCGAGGAGCAUGUUCACGAUAUCGUUGCGCUUGGCAAAAAGAGGGCCAAGUGGGCAAAGACACCCAAGUUCAGGGGCAAUGCCGACAGCUGUCGUAUCUAUGGAAGUUUGGACUUGAACAAGGUGCAGGGUGAUUUCCAUAUCACUGCGCGAGGCCAUGGUUAUAGGGGUAAUGGCGAGCAUCUCGACCACAGCAAGUUCAACUUCUCGCAUAUCAUUUCGGAGCUUUCGUAUGGCCCAUUCUACCCGUCGCUGGUCAACCCUCUCGACGGCACCGUCAACACAGCUCCUGGUAACUUCCACAAGUUCCAAUACUACCUCUCUGUUGUGCCUACCGUGUACAGCGUCAACUCAAAGUCCAUCCUUACCAACCAAUAUGCCGUCACCGAGCAGAGCAAGGCGGUCGACGAGCGAUAUAUCCCUGGUAUUUUCUUCAAGUACGAUAUCGAGCCAAUCCUGUUGACCGUUCACGAGAGCCGCGACGGUAUCAUCAGCCUGUUGGUCAAGAUCAUCAACAUCAUGAGCGGUGUCCUCGUUGCCGGACACUGGGGGUUCACCAUCAGUGAUUGGAUCCACGAGGUGAUCGGUCGGCGACGACGCAGCAACGGUGGUGUUGGAGUGUUGGGAACCAAGGAGGGCUUUGAUGAGUAG